AUGGAGCCGGCACGGGACGCAGGCAGACCGCCGCGCUUCGAGGUCCCGCACGACGGGUCCCUGUCCCAGUUCAGGGUGCCCCCCGACGGCUGGAUCCGGGCCAACAACAAGCCGUGGGACGGCAUCGCCACGGGCGCGCUCGUGUUUGACGCCCGCGGCCGCGUCCUGCUCCUCCGGCGCGCGCGGCACGACUCCAUGCCCGGCCUGUGGGAGGUGCCCGGGGGCGCGGUCGACGCCGACGACGCGACCAUCCUGCACGGGUGCGCCAGGGAGCUCUGGGAGGAGGCGGGCCUGGCGGCGCGCCGGCUGGUGCGCCUCGUCACCGAGGGCCGUCCCGGGGCCGGCGCGUUCCAGGAGUUCCGCAACAGCACCGGGACCAAGCUGAUUGGCAAGUUCCAGUUCGAGGUGGAGGUGGAGGUGGGCGAGGGCCAGGCGGUCAGGCUGGACCCCAACGAGCACCAGGACUUUGUGUGGGCGACGGAGGGCGAGGUCGCGCGCGGCGAGGCCCGGGGCACCAAGAUCCCCUUCACCAAGGCGAGCCACAGGGACGUUGUGCUGGAGGCGUUCAGGCUGAGGAGGGCGGCGCAGGGCGCACAGUCUCUACCGUGA